AUGACCACUGCCAAAGUGACCAGUCCCCAACAAAGUGACCAGACCUGGCUGGACCCCACCUCGGCCCGCCCCUCCCCCUCCUUCCUGCGGGCCGUCCGCUCGCUGCCGCCGCGCUUCACUCCGGCCACGGCCGCGGCCUACGCCGAGCUGCUGUCCACCUUCGGCACGCACGCCGUGCGGUCAGCGCGCCUGGGCGGCCGGCUGCGGACGCUGACCGCCGUCCGGCUGUGCCGCGCCGCCAUGGCCGGAGUGGGGGCUCAAGAGGCGUCCGACUGCCUGCGGACGGAGCUGACCUUCGGGGCGGUCAGCGCGGCCGCGGCCGCCUGCCGGACGGCGCGAGCGGCCACCGAGGGCAACGUCAGCUUCGGCGAGUUCUUCGGCCAGCGGCUGCUGGAGGUGGACGGAGGCGCUGACCGCGACGGCGACCUGGCCUUCGGCCGGCCGGAGGAUUUCUCGCGGUGGCUCAAGAGCGUGCCCGAGGCUCCGGCCGUGGUGGAGGCUGACCUCUGGCCGCUCCACGCCCUGCUGGCCCCGAGUGACCCCCGGCGCCGGGCGCUGCGCGCGGCCGUGGGCAGCUACGUGGCGGCCAAAGCGCUGAGGGUCAACUGCAGCUGCGCCGGACGCGGCCGGAGCGGUCAGUGCGGGGAGUG